AUGAGGGACACGAAGCAUACGGAGACGGCAAGGCAACUAUGGAUCCUGCGGGCAGUCGGUUUCCUCAUCUUCUUGAAUUCAUGCUCACGAGGAACCGCACAGGGGGUAGCAAUCAGACAGAAGAUGUUCUACCAGCUUAGUGUCACUGCAACGAUCGAAAAUUCCAUAUGCAACUUCACCGGCUUGGACCUCGCCACCUGCGCGGAUUCGUGUGUCAGGAACGAGGAAUGCGUGGCGUUCUCUCUCGAGAUUUGGCCCAACACCACGGUCUGUCAACUGGGAAGUCAGAAUUUCGCCGUCCUGAGUAAUCUCACUGGGAUGUCUGCUACCCUCUUUUACGCCCCCUCCGUCCCAUCUGGUUACACCUUUGCGAUGAUCACGGACAAGUUGCACUUCCUGAAGGCUCUCACCAGGACCAUGAAUUACACCACUGGGUUGGCUGCUUGCAAGGCGGACGGCGCGGACCACCUCGUUCAAGAUGACAAGGGCCCCGCUUGGCACAACUUCGUCCUGCAGUACUCCGCGGCGAAUGCUGGUGGGAAAUCAUGGUAUGGAGGCGACGACCUGGAUGGGGAUCAUAUCUAUAAUUGGAACGACGGAACGUUGGUGUCGGCCUCGGUGCAGACCUUCUGGAAUUCCGGAGAGCCAACCUUUAGUUACGGUGGGCAACUGGAACAAUGCAUGGGCAUUGGUUAUAAUAACCUGUGGUAUGACUUUUAUUGUCGGUUUCUGUUUGGCGUGAUCUGCGAAAUCCGCUUGCCCUGA